GUCGCUUGUGGACGUGGCCUGACCACCAUUGUUUUUUACCCCAUGUGGUAGUGGCUAUAUAUAGUCUCUAAAGCUAACUACGCAAAUGAAAUAAUGCAGGAAUCAGUGAGAAAAUUGGUUAUUUGAUUUGUGGCAUGCAAAGCGAGCUAUCUGUACUAGCUGCGUACACACACCAAAAUUACCAGCGAUCUCUGCUACUUCCUUCCAAGCUUUAUUUUCCCUUCGUAACGUCUCCAUUUACAUUUAACGAGAGGUCGUAUAUAUAAGAUGAAACUAUGGUUCAUCCAUUUUGGGGCAUAAAAAUUUUUUGGAUUUGUGACUUGCUAGUGUGAACCUAAGGUUAAUCUCCUUCCUAAGUUCUUGCGUCCCUUUUUGAAAAGUUUCAUAAUUACGGUUUUACCUGUUAAAUCUUCUUCCAAUACUCCAGUUGUAAUUGUCGCAACUCAUUUUGCAGUUUCUGUCUCUGUUGUGUUCCUGCCAAACCCGUCACAACUGCUGUAACUCCUCUCACAACUCCAGCUUCUAUCACAUCUCCCUGUUUAAUGUCGUACCUCCUCUGGCACGUAUUACUGCUGUCUUUUCUUCUGUUGAGACUCAUGGCAACUUCUGCCACUAUCUAAUCACAAAGAUGGCCUCAGAUCAGCGCGUCCAUAUGGUGACGCUGCAUGGUGACCUUGUCAUCUUUCAGUGCAAGCAUCCGAGCUCAAAAGCCUCUGAGAUCACCUUCUGGCGGACGUCGUUCAACCGAGACUCUGGCACCUUCUUAAACAAAGACGAUGAAAUAAUCCCCAUGUACGAAAACGCCUCCAGAGCAGUCAGCAUCGUUCGUUGCACUUCUGCCGUGAACGUGAAAACGAGGCAGAGAGUCCUGUGCAUUUUGUUGAAGCUUCACAGGAAGGGAUCUCAUGGGUUUAAGUACAUGCUUUACUCUUUGAGCAGUAGGACCAGCGCAAAGCUACAUGUGGAAUUUUCAUUACCUUAUGAGAUGCGCAACGAUGUCUCGAUUUUGCGCGGACCCACUUUGGUCUGGAGUCACGAUGACGUUGUCUUCUACACGUCCGCGGAAACUGGUAGUGUGAAGGAAGUCCCGGUACGCGUGAAGGUCAGCUUUCUUGGCGAGUUGCCCCUUCCUCAAAGACCUUUAGCAAUUCUUGGUUCACAAAAGAUGUCAGAAGAGCAGAUGGAAAAUGAAGUGGAGGAUAAAACUGUUCUUUACUUCAUAGAGGAUGGAAGAACUUUUAGCACUGAUUGUCUUAUACCCAGUGCUUACAGUUCGGUUGUGCGGUGCAUGCUGGUGCUUUCAGCCAUGGAAGUAGAUGGAUCGCUGAGAUCUACUCUGGUGGCUGCUACAUGUAGGAAACAGUUGGUUUGGUUUGAAAAUGGACUUCCAGAAGAAGUAUGUCUUCUGCCGUAUGAAGAGCCCCAAAGCAUUCGAACAGUUCAUACAGGAAGCGGCUGUCUCAUCGUUGUUGUUUUCGAGCAUGGGAACGUCUGCGCCGUGUGGAAAGAUACCUUCAAGGUGGCUGCAUGUUGGACAGAUGUGUGCCUUUUGCUUGUGGACGAUUUUGUUGGUGCAGGGUUCGAGCAGAUGUUGCUGCUUUUCGAGGAAAUCGACUCGGCAGACGAAAUCCUAGGGAGGUUCCUCCUCACGGAUCUCUGUGGCGUCCGUUACUCCUGCAGAAGAACGGAGAGCGAAGACGUAAAUCGGUGCGAGACGGCAGAAGAGAACAUCAGAUUGACGAUUGACGCUCUAGAGGCCAGACUGCAGAGCGGCUUGACCUUCCUCCAUGACCUCCAGAGAGACCUGCGUGUUAAAGACCACGUCAUCCAGCAGUGUGUAUCGGCUCUGCAUGACCUUUUAUCGGACAGGAAGCACGUCGCACCUCCUGCACUGCAGGAAGGACUGGUGUCUCUGUUGGAUGAUGAACAGAGCGAGGAGGACGAGUGCACUCCACGUGUAAGGAUGGAAGUGAAUUCGGAUGCGAGUCACCCGAAAGUGGAGAGAGUCUGGCACAGAGUCAUCGGCCAAAGGCUCGCGUUCGGCGCACUUUUAGCACAGACCAAUCAAAUGACGGAACCUGAACACAUGAUCGCUGCUGUCAUAGCCACGCCCCCUAUGGUUGAAAGUGUGAAUAAAAUCGUGUGCUACCCUGAACCCCUGACCCCUGUGCCUCCUGGACCUCCGAAUGCUAAAAGAAGCAAGUUUCCUGGUGGUCCAGCCGUACUUCUCGUCACUGAUCUUGCCCCAUUAUUGACCUUCGACCCCGUUAAAUGCUCUGUUCUGCUGUGCUUUUCUACCAAGGAAGCAGGAAGUGCAUCUCGGCAUUGCCAAUUGAUCAAUUUAGAUUUACAGGGUGCACUGGAGGGGAAAUUUCAGCCGCGUCUCUUCGAGGACUGCAGCAUUGACUCGGAUGAAUCCAGAGAAGAUCUGCUGAGUCUGAUGGUAGCGUUCGAGUGUUGGAGUUUUAACAUUGUAAGUACUGAUCACACCGUCGCGGACGUAUCAGGCUUUUUGGAGGAGAAAUUCAGAGCUAAACGAAUAAAAAUCAAUCCUCGUUAUAUGCUGAGCAAUUCCACACAACUGUCCGGCACCGUGCUUUUCUACUGGAAAGCCUGCAGCUCCUUCAGCGGAGUACUGGAUAUCUACUGCAGCGAUCAUCUCGGCUUGCUUCGUUUCCUGGAUACUUUGUGCAACUUCCUUCCUGCUUCUCAUUGCAUUAAACUUCUCAAAACUGGGCAGGGCAGAAACAGAAGCCCCGCCCUCUUUAUGGAGCAUGAGAUUCGAACGAUAAAAGAAGGCGUGGCCGAUCUGAUCCGCGGCGGAGCGGAAGGACCGAGUAGCGAUCUCAUUGUUCAUAUCAGUCGUGAGCAGUGGCUAAAAGAAAGGAGUGAUCAGCUCCGCCCACUUGUGGAGAUAAAGCUUUAUCACCGGAUGAUGGAAAGAGCGAUUAACCUUAAGAUGGAGAGUGAUGUUGCUACGCUCGUGGAGGCGGAGCUUAACAAGUAUUGAUGAAGUUUGAUGGGAUGAGAAAAGACUUAAAUGUGUGUAGUGCAGCAGGCGGUGGGAGUCGGAACGAAUAACUCGUACCACAGUUCCAGCGUUGAUGUGCAUCGCACCACCGUGAAGCUCAUUACAUUUAGAUAUUCAUGUGAAAGUCCUUAAGGAGCCGGUUUCUCCACUGGGAAACUACAAAUAAAAAAAUAAUAAUAGCCUAGGACAUGAAAUCUAAUUGUGCUGGGUGCUCAGGAUACUGAAAUGUCCACCCCGCUUUGCAUUUUUUCAUUAUUAUUAUACUUUGUUAUUAUUAUUAAUGCUGCACAUAUAGAUUACGUAUAGUAUGUUUGUAAUAUAGCAGUUUGUAUUUCUUGGCUAUUUGUGAACUAAUGUGCAUGUACUGCACUGUUUAAUAAACAAAUAUAGAACUGUGGCAUGUUGUGUUUGUGAUUAUUGUGAGUUCCACACUACUAAAUAUGAUUAUAAACAUGUUGUACUCCA